AUGCGGUUUCUGAGGCUCCUCGCCCUCACGGCACUCUCAUUGACCGCUGCGGUCUCCGCCAGAAAGGCAGCAACCACUAGUAAAUUCGACACCUACAAGUCCAACUCGGCGCCCUUUGAACUCGACGAGACGAGCUACAAUGACCUGACGGCCUCGCCGCGCGACUAUUCCCUCGCCGUGCUCCUGACCGCCCGGGACGCCAAAUACGCAUGUGGGAUCUGUCGAGAGUUCGAUCAAGAAUGGAACAUCCUAGGACGCAGCUGGCAGAAAGGCGACCGCAGCGGGCAGAGCAGGAUCUUAUUCGCGACCUUGGAUUUCGACCAAGGGAGGAACGUGUUUAUGAAGCUCCAACUCCAAACCGCACCCGUGCUACUCCUGUACCCUCCCACCACGGGCGCGCACGCGAAACCCGACGGCCAACCUCCCCGGCUGGAUUUUCUGGGUCCCCAGUCCGCCGAAGCUGUCCACGGCUGGCUGUUGCGACACCUUCCACCGGGCCAGAAUUACCCCUCGAUUGUGAGGCCCAUCAACUAUGCGAGAAUCGGCGUCACCGUUACCGUGCUACUCGGCGUCUUCACCUUCCUCACGGUAGCAUACCCGUACAUCAUGCCGGUCGUGCAGAACCGCAACCUGUGGGCGGGCCUCAGCCUGAUCAUGAUCUUGUUGUUCACGAGCGGGCACAUGUUCAACCACAUCCGCAAGGUGCCGUACGUGGCGGGCAAUGGACGGGGCGGGAUUAGUUAUUUCGCCGGCGGGUUCCAGAACCAGUAUGGCAUGGAGACCCAGAUUGUUGCGGGCAUGUAUGCCCUGCUGGCCUUUGCGGCAAUCAAUCUCGCGCUCCGCGUCCCGCGGAUCAGGGACCCAAAGACUCAACAGGCCGCGGUCAUCAUCUGGGCGGCCGUCCUGUUCGGCAUGUACAGCUUCUUGAUGAGCAUUUUCAGGAUCAAGAACGGAGGGUAUCCUUUCUGGUUGCCCCCAUUCUGA